CGGGAGAGCCGGAAAUCCCUGAACAGGUUUCCCAGAUAGAAAACAAGAACCUACAGGUAGUUUGUAUUUCAACUGGAAGUAGACCACCCGCCAACAUACAGUGGAAUAUUGGGCGUAAAUGGCUAUCCACCAAUUCUACCGAUGUCAUGGAACUUGACAGCUCAACAGAAACGUAUACUGUGACGUCGAUAUUAUCCCUCCUUGUAACACGUCACAACAAUGGGGAGUCUGUGUACUGAAGAGCCAGUAACCGGGCCUUGCCUGCGGGGAUCGAGUCAGUUACCCGCACUUUAACAGUAUUGUACCGCGCUGACAUCAACGUUAGCGGUAAAAACACAACAUACACGUCAUCCGAGAGACUACUGACUUGCGCACCUGAUGGUAAUCCAAACAUCUACAAAUUCGGUAGAUGGAAACACACAGCGGAGGACGGUUCAGAGAUACGUCAGUUGACCGGAAGUUCAAAUUCCACACACUCGGUCCUGACCCUGCCCGACCCCGGCGUACCACGACGAUAUGAGGAUACCGGUUACUACAUAUGCAUAGCCACUAACAAUGUCCCAGACUCGUCCUCCUCCAUGUCCGGCUCUGUCUUCUUCGUCGUUGAAGCUCCUCCUUUGGUAAUAACCAACUCAACAGUGAUCAAGGAACAGUUAGGGAACAACGCCACUAUUGAGGUAGAGUUUUACAGUAGACCAACAGUACAUCCUAAUGACAUCAGGUGGACCAGAAAUCCUAACGGAUUACCUCCCCCUGUUAGAGAUCCAACGUCUAUAGUAGACAGGUCACUCUUGGUGGCUUUCCCUGGCGUAGACGUUCACGUCAAAGGCUAUGUGACUAUACUGAGAAUAAGUAUACUAACAUAACUGGACUUUGGUGACUACACUGUGACAAUAAAAAACAGCAUUGGGGUGACAAACCACACAGUGAAACUAUUUAAAGCAGGGCCUCCACCACCACCUCUCUACUAUUACAGAAACAAACAUCACGGCGAAAUGGAUUCCAGCUUCAGAUGAUUAUCAGACACAGACCUUUGGGAUUGGCUAUAGAUCUGACGUUACCCAUGACUACACUGACUCUGACGUCAUUCCAGACACACGGAAAUCAUUUGUAUCGUACACCAUAGAUGGAUUGACAGCGUCCUCCAUAUACUUUAUCCGAAUUUACGCGAAAAAUGAUAUCGGAUUGAGUAAUCAUAAAUGUAUCAACAUUUCCACAAACGCUGGUGUAAUAGUAAAACCCAUGGUUCACAUCAGAGGCAAGAAAUGACACAGAGAGCCGUUCAGAGAGACAACAGAGAGCCUGACUCUGUGGAGGAAAGCAAAACCCAUUACCAAGAGCUUGAUCCAAGUGAAAUUCAACACCAUUCUCCUUAUGCGAGUCUCUCUGAAGGUGACAUUGAUGCUAGUUUGGGACAUGAAAGGGACAACUACGAAACUCUCCAGGAAAGUUCUUCCAAACAAGUCUACGACGAACUAAAGAUAGAUGAUGGUUCAAAGCAGUAUGCGAAUACUUGACCGAAUAUACGCGAUGAGAUCAACCAAAAGCAGCUCAGGAUGAAGACACACAAAUUGUGCAGAACUAUCCAUUUAACUCAAAAGCACCGACGGACAUUAUAAAUAUGUAGACAUAUUAUAAUGCAAUAGAUGAACCAGAAAAAAAUGAAAUCACAAUAGUUACUUACUCCAUUUAUUGAUUUAUUGAUUAUACUCGUACUGAUAUUAUAAAACUGACAAUGGUAAGAUGAAAAAACAUCCAAAUGUACUGUGAGGUGUCAUAGUGGCCAUCAAUUCUGAAAAAAAAAAAAUCAAAAUAUUUCUUAUGUAUCACAUUUAAGAAUGCAUUUAUAUGAUAUGUCACUGAUAUUGAACUUUUAUAAAAGGUUUGAGAUUUGUAUCGGAAGUCUUACAUAUAGCUCACAUGGUGCUCAAAUAUAGGAAUUAUUUGAAAGCAUUGCGUAUCUGAUACAAAAAGAUAUCUUAAGAUAUUAGGGUAUUUCAUAGCAAUCACACUAUUGAUAUACUUUGUCUAUGUUGAUACACUAGAUAAUUUUGUCGAAAAACAAAUGGAAUGAAAAACCAGUCGAUUACUUCUAUUUUUUUUUCAAAAAAAAAAAAAAAAAAAAAAUUCAAUUAAAAAAUAUCUGUGAUAAGAUCAUGAAUAGCUGUGUAGACAUUUUUAUAUGCAAAACAAACAUACUUGAGUACAUUGUGUUCAAUAGAUUAUCUGAAUUAAAUACAUGCUAUAAUUUGA